UACCUUCCUUUUCCACCUUGCCACGUUUCUUCGCAGCUCCUCGAGAUUUCUUUUCAUUUUUGCACCUCGAGGCGUCCAGACGCGGGCAUUGGGUGUGCAGGAUGAACGCCCAGGGUGAGGAUGAGGAUUACUGGAAUAAAUCCGAGAGUAAGGCGUACAAUUUCGACGAGGACGACGUGAGCAACAUUUCCGAGGCGAGCUACGAAGAUUUCCCCCAAAGUGACUUCCCGCUGAAUCUCCUCAUCUCUGAGCAGGAUCUCCAAAUGAUUCUCGAGGAACAAUCGUGGCAUGAGAGCGUGCCUCGGAAUUCCCCCGAAGAGGAACUUCGCUUCUUGCGACGGAAAUUCCAGGAAGAACGUACUCCCCCGCCGGCGUCUGUGAUUGUAGCGCGUCUCCUGAUCGGCCGGCAGGUCAACCUGGAGGCGUACAGGAGUCUCGUGCAGAAAACAGAGCUGCUGGAUGAGGCAAUUGCUUCGGGGAAUGGGAACGCCAUCCUCCACGUGGUUCUCUUUCUCAAUCGCACGCUGAAGCGGAAGAUCCUCCAUCAGCUGCUGCAGAGUCGCCCCGAAGCUGUGUACCACUACACAAACUACCUCAGUACACGACUACAGAUCCCCGAAUGCGUGGAUUUGUGGACAAUGCUGGGGAAGCAGCACGAGGCAGCAAUGCUUCAGUAUCGCCUGGCUGUUACAACAUCCAAUGUUGAUUUGAAGCGAAGGAAGCUGGCAAAGGUACACAGUGAUUACUUCCUGCAGCCAGGAGCUUCUGCUUUCCAUGCACGCUUCCUCGCAGAUCAGCUGAGCCUCCUCGAUUGGCAGCUGGGUGAAGAUAAAUCCCUCCUGGACAAGCCCACCCUCGAAUCUCUCUACCACGUGUGCCAGAAGUAUAAAUGGACAGACAAUAAAUCCCUCCCGGGGCCAGGGAAUCCCUACAAUUUCGCCAAACUCUACCAAAUAAGUGCCUCACAAUUCGAGUGGAUUGUCCUUAAUGAGAGGGCAAGGAGUAAAGCCUGGAAGGAUCUCGAUGGGCUCUUUGAGAAGAAAACCUUCAUAAAGUCCGCCUUUUGCAUUCACAUUCCCCUGGACAGGGUGAUCCUCCGGCUGCAUCAGCUUGAGGCUCCUGUGGCGGUUCUCAAUACAUUCCUGGGAAAGAUUGACGAUACUCAGAGAAGACUGACGUUGGCCAGGAAGGUGGGAGCCAUGAGGACAGUGAUUGACUGCCUUGUGACGCAAAAGGAUAAAUCAGAGCUCCUGGCAGUGAGGAAUAGCCUCCAAGAGGGAUCUCCGGAAAGGUUCUACGCUGAUAAUUGCUUGGAAAAUCUGCAGAGCAGCAAGUGGAAGGCGGAGAGCAUAAAAGUGUCCAUCAAGAAAUGACCCUUGAGGGUCUUGGAGAAAAUUGUGAUUUCUGCAGAUUUAUUUAUUAUUUUUCCUGCUGAAUUUUGAUGAUGAAUUACAUAUUUUUGCAAAACUGA